GAAAAAAGAUCCCUCCCUUCUCCUUCCAUUCCUCCUCUUCCCCUCCUUCCUUCUCUGCUCGCUCGGUCUCGGCCCCGGCCCCGGAGCCGCAUCCCCGCCAGCAUGCCGGGCUCCGCCGCUCGCCCGCCCCUGCCGCUGCCGCUGCAGCUGCUGCUGCUGCCGCUGCUGUCCCUGCUGCUGCUGCUGCUGCCCCCGCGCCCGGCUCGGGCGCUGGACUUGGCCGACUACACCUAUGACCUGGGGGACGACGAGGACCCCGAGCCCCUCAACUACAAAGAUCCCUGCAAAGCCGCUGCAUUUCUUGGGGACAUCGCUCUGGAUGAAGAGGACUUGAAGAGCUUCCAGGUGGAACAGAUUGCGGAACUCAGGCAGCGGGCCAUCCACAGGGCGACUGGCAAAGCCUCAGGAAAUAGUUCUACCCCCACAAACCAGUAUGCUCGGGGACGGCCUCAGAGGAAGGCCCGGGAAAAGCUGGGGGGCCGGAGCCGGGGCCGGUCCCGUAGCAGGAGGGCAGCAACGUCCCGGCCAGAACGGGUGUGGGCUGACGGCAUCAUCCCCUUCGUUAUUGGAGGGAACUUCACUGGUAGCCAACGCGCCGUCUUCCGGCAGGCCAUGAGACACUGGGAGAAGCACACGUGUGUUACCUUUCUGGAGCGCACAGAUGAGGAUAGCUAUAUCGUAUUCACCUACCGACCUUGCGGGUGCUGCUCUUAUGUGGGUCGCCGGGGCGGGGGACCCCAGGCCAUCUCCAUUGGGAAGAACUGUGACAAGUUUGGCAUCGUUGUCCAUGAACUGGGCCACGUCAUCGGCUUUUGGCAUGAGCACACGCGACCUGACCGUGACAACCACGUUGCCAUCGUGAGGGAGAAUAUCCAGCCAGGACAGGAGUAUAACUUCCUGAAGAUGGAGCUUGAGGAAGUGGAAUCUCUGGGGGAGACUUACGACUUUGACAGUAUCAUGCACUAUGCUCGAAACACUUUCUCCAGGGGUAUCUUUCUGGACACCAUUGUUCCCAAGUAUGAUGUAAAUGGGGUAAAGCCUCCUAUUGGCCAGAGGACUCGGCUCAGUAAGGGAGACAUUGCCCAGGCCCGCAAGCUCUACAAGUGCCCAGCCUGUGGAGAGACUCUUCAGGACAGUACUGGAAACUUCUCCUCUCCUGAAUACCCCAAUGGCUAUUCUGCCCACAUGCACUGUGUUUGGCGCAUCUCAGUCACACCUGGAGAAAAGAUCCUUCUGAAUUUUACUUCCCUGGAUUUAUACCGCAGCCGGCUGUGCUGGUACGACUACGUAGAGGUUAGAGACGGGUUUUGGAGAAAAGCUCCCCUCCGAGGAAGGUUCUGUGGGAAUAAGCUCCCUGAACCCAUCGUCUCCACCGAUAGCCGCCUCUGGGUGGAGUUCCGAAGCAGCAGCAAUUGGGUUGGGAAAGGCUUCUUUGCUGUUUACGAAGCUAUCUGUGGGGGUGAUGUAAAGAAGGACAAUGGCCAUAUUCAGUCACCCAAUUACCCAGAUGACUACCGGCCCAGCAAAGUCUGUAUUUGGCGGAUCCAGGUGUCUGAGGGCUUCCACGUGGGGCUUACUUUCCAGUCUUUUGAGAUUGAACGCCAUGACAGCUGUGCCUAUGACUACUUGGAGGUACGGGAUGGACACAGUGAGACCAGCACCCUCAUUGGACGAUACUGUGGCUAUGAGAAGCCAGAUGACAUCAAAAGUACAUCCAGCCGUCUCUGGCUUAAGUUUGUCUCUGAUGGAUCCAUCAACAAAGCCGGCUUCGCUGUCAACUUUUUCAAAGAAGUGGAUGAGUGCUCCCGACCCAACCGAGGAGGCUGUGAGCAGCGUUGUCUCAACACUCUGGGCAGUUACAAAUGCAGCUGUGACCCGGGCUAUGAGCUGGCUCCAGACAAACGCCGCUGCGAAGCUGCCUGCGGUGGUUUCCUUACCAAGCUCAAUGGCUCCAUCACCAGCCCAGGCUGGCCCAAGGAGUACCCACCCAACAAGAACUGUAUCUGGCAGCUUGUGGCACCUACGCAGUACAGAAUCUCCCUACAGUUUGACUUCUUCGAGACCGAGGGAAAUGAUGUAUGCAAGUAUGACUUUGUGGAGGUGAGGAGUGGGCUGACAGCAGAUUCCAAACUUCACGGCAAGUUCUGCGGUGCCGAAAAACCCGAGGUGAUAACCUCCCAGUACAACAACAUGCGCGUGGAGUUCAAGUCGGACAACACCGUCUCCAAGAAGGGCUUCAAGGCCCACUUCUUCUCAGACAAGGAUGAGUGUUCCAAAGACAAUGGCGGCUGCCAGCAGGACUGCGUCAACACCUUCGGCAGCUACGUAUGCCAGUGCCGCAGCGGCUUCGUCCUCCACGACAACAAGCACGACUGCAAGGAAGCUGGUUGUGACCACAAGGUAACAUCCACCAGUGGCACCAUCACCAGCCCCAACUGGCCUGAUAAAUACCCGAGCAAAAAAGAGUGUACCUGGUCUAUCUCUAGCACUGCUGGGCACCGUGUCAAACUGACCUUCUCAGAGUUGGACAUUGAGUCGCAGCCAGAAUGUACCUAUGACCACCUGGAGGUGUACGAUGGGCGUGAUGCCAAAGCCCCCGUCCUAGGCCGCUUCUGCGGGAGCAAGAAACCCGAACCCGUCCUGGCCACUGGAAAUCGCAUGUUCCUGCGCUUCUACUCCGACAACUCCGUCCAGAGAAAGGGUUUCCAGGCUUCUCAUUCCACAGAAUGUGGGGGUCAUGUUCGGGCAGAAGUGAAGACCAAGGACCUCUACUCCCACGCCCAGUUUGGGGACAACAAUUACCCUGGGGGCUCAGACUGUGAGUGGGUCAUUGUGGCAGAGGAGGGCUACGGUGUGGAGCUGGUAUUCCAGACCUUCGAGGUGGAAGAGGAGGCUGACUGUGGCUAUGAUUAUAUGGAACUCUUUGAUGGCUAUGAUAGUGCGGCCCCCAGGCUCGGGCGCUACUGUGGCUCUGGGCCCCCAGAGGAGGUGUACUCAGCUGGAGAUUCGGUCCUGGUGAGAUUCCACUCUGAUGACACCAUCAACAAAAAAGGCUUCCAUCUUCGCUACACCAGCACCAAGUUCCAGGACACCCUUCACAGCAGGAAAUGAGCAGAAAGUGACCUCUCCCUUCAUCCCCAGAGGGAAGAGGAAGGCUUCUUCCUCCCAGACACCAGCUCCUCCCCUCCCCAUAGACUGUCUUACACGGUCGGACAAGGGGACAGAGGGAGGCCAUUCCCUUUCCCCUCUCAAGCCAAGCCUCCAGCUUGGAUACCAGUUGAGUCUUUGAGGGUAGGGGAACCAGACUUCUCUCUAAAUGGCUUCCCCCAACCCCCACUGCUCUUCUCUCCUCUUUUGUACCUGCCCUGUGACUGAGAGGGGUGAAGGUCCAGGAGAUAGAUGAAGGUUUCAUGGAGACAUUUGAAGACACCAGUGUUCUCCAAGCGGCACCCCCUCCCCACAACCUCCCUUCCACCAUGAUCUGGGAGAGGUCUGCUUGGAGAGGAAGACUCCCCCAUCUUUCUUGUCCCUCUCACUCCAAAUUAUAUUCUGUAUAGUCAGUGGCAAAAAAAACCUCAUUGUAACGCACCAGCAAACCCAAUCCUCCUCCUUUGCCCUUCCCCCACUUCAUUUUGGUGUUAUUCUUAAACUCUGGUUUCAGAGCAUGCCUGUCCAAUGGGCAGUGGUGAGGGAGGUAAUGGGGCGGGGAUGGGGGAAUGGAGAGAUGGGGCAGUGUAAGGGCCUCUCUUUUCCCUGGGGCAGUGAGGUCGGCCAUCUGGGAAUACCCCAGCCAAUAAACCGAAAGUGUUACAA